GCAACACUGGUUGAAUCGGCUGUUUAAGUAAUUAGAUUAUAGUUCGCAAAUUUUGAUUUCUGCCAUAGCUUCAUUCAAUUUCGGGGAAUUGUGAGGGACACAUCACUAAAAUGGCUGCUACCGUGGAUCUGGAAAAGUGCUUUGAAGUGGCCAGCAAUCUGGUCUCCGAGGCUGGUCGGUUAAUAGCCAAGAAUAAUGACAACCGCACCGAGUUCGAACUUAAGAGCAAUGACAUUGACUUGGUGACCCAAACGGACAAGGAUGUCGAGAAGCUAAUUAUUGAGGGCAUCAGCAAAGCGUUCCCCAAUCACAAGUUCAUUGGUGAGGAGGAUAGUGCCGAGGGAGGAGUCAAGAAACUGACGGAGGAUCCCACCUGGAUCAUCGACCCUGUGGAUGGUACCAUGAAUUUUGUGCACGCCUUUCCUCAUUCGUGCAUCUCGGUUGGUCUGAAGGUGAAUAAGGUCACCGAAUUGGCUCUGAUCUACAACCCACUGCUGGAGCAACGCUUCACCGCACGAAGGGGUCAUGGGGCCUUCUACAACGGCAAACGCAUCCAAGUGAGCGGUCAAAAGGAGAUUGGCAAGGCCCUGGUCACCAGCGAAUUUGGUACCACCCGCGACGAGGCAAAAAUGAAGGUGGUUAACGAGAACUUUGCCAAAAUGGCCAAGAAGGUGCACGGAUUCCGCGUUUUGGGCUCUGCUGCCUUGAACAUGGCCAUGGUGGCUCUGGGAGCUGCCGAUGCAAACUACGAAUUCGGCAUUCAUGCCUGGGAUGUCUGUGCCGGAGACUUGAUUGUACGCGAAGCUGGUGGAGUGGUCAUUGAUCCCUGUGGCGGAGAGUUUGACAUUAUGUCGCGUCGUGUCCUGGCAGCAGCUACCCCUGAGCUGGCGCAGGAUAUCGCCAAGGAGCUGACCCAGUUCUAUCCCCUACCAAGAGACGAUUGAGUUACUUAAUUUUUGAAAGGAAAUCCAUUCCUGAACAUCUUAACGAAGGCAUUUCACCUGUUCCGACCAAGUACCUAAGAAUCAAUUGAAGAAUCCUAGUCGUGGAUAUUCCAAACACACUAAUAACAAUAUUUACAUGUUGAACACUCGUUUGUGUCCUUUAAAGUUCUCUAUGUUUGUGUGUAUAAAUACUCCUUAUGUGUCUAAUUUCGUUAUAUCGUAAUAAAACGUUGUUGCAGUGUAGAAGCAAAA